AUGUGCAGAAAUUAUGGUUCUGGGCCUGCAAGAGAAGUAAUUCAAAAUUUUAAAACAACUGAAGAAAAUUAUCAAGUAGCCUAUGAUGUAUWGAAAAUGAGAUWUGAAAAUAAAAGUKCAAUUAUUCAGUCACAUAUACGGUCCCUGCUUACAACACCUAAAGUGACGGUGGCUUCGGCUAGUGAGCUACAACGAUUACAUUACCACAUUUCUUCAAAUAUUAAUGCUCUAACAGCCCUCAAUCAACCAGUAGAUCAAUGGGACGCCUGGCUAGUGACCCUCWUGUGUACCCGUUUAGAUAAUGUAACUGUUGCUGAGUGGCAGCUCAAACAAGACACAAAAGAUUUACCCAAGUAUAAAGAUUUAGAAGUGUUCUUGUCCAAUCGUAUAACGGYUUAUGAAGCAGGUGACAUUGCAACGGUAUCCUAUUCUGAUGAAGCAGUCAAAAACAACAUGACCUACAAGGCUCGUACAAAAAAGGUUUUGUUAGCAGAUACUAAUAAUGAUCAACACACACAAAAGCCUUAUAAGGCUCCACGUUGUAACUUAUGCGCAGGUCCACAUAGAUUGCCCAGUUGUAUGCAGUUUGAUGCAAUGAAUGUGAAUGAGCGCCGUGACCUUGUUGAAAGGAACAGAUUAUGCUUCAAUUGUUUAUACUAUGGACACGGAGUAAGCAAAUGUAGACAUUCGUCAUGYCCUAAAUGUGGCAAGCGUCAUCAUGAAAAACUACAUGUUAAUAGCGCACCGUUGGAUCAAUCGUCAUCAGAGUCAGAAAAAAUUGUUUGUCUCGCUAAAGUUCUUACAUCACAAAACAAUAUCAAUGCUGGUUCCAAAUCAAUUAGCAAUGUGAUCAUAUUAGCUACUGCUGUUGUGGCCAUUAGUGACAUAAAUGGUGCACCUCAACUAUGCARAGCAGUAAUUGACUCUGGUGCUGAGAUCAGCUUAAUAACUACAGCCUGCGCUAAGCGACUGCAACUACCGUUUGAAUCAUCACCAUGUCCUAUCUCUGGCAUAGGAAUGACCAAUUCAACUGCUUCUUCUGUCAUCCAUGCCAAGCUGUCAUCGCGCAUCAAUAGUCAUUUCUGCACUAAACYAGAAUUCCACGUGCUUACCAACAUAACCAACAAAAUGCCUCAUCAAUAUUUUGRUGCUGGUACRCUGAAAAUUCCUGAAUCAAUUAAGGCUCAAUUGGCAGAUCCAGACUUCAAUAUUCCCGGACCRAUUGAUAUAUUGCUUGGAGCUGAGGUGUCCUAUAGCAUUUUUAGUGGACAAAGGUAUCCUUUAGCAGAUAGUGCCAUUUUACAUCAUACAGCUCUUGGAUGGGUAUUGGCGGGUAGGGCUUUUCUAUCGUCAAUUCAAAUAAAUAAUGAAAUAUCGACAUACCAUCCCAAUUGUAAUUCAGCUUUAGCUUUGCUAAGUACUAAAUCUGAAUCACUCAGGCAAGAGGAGGCUGAAGUUGAAAGACAAUUCUUGGAAACUGUUAGUCGUGAYCAACAUGGUAGAWUUGUUGUGCGAUUACCACUUCACCAACCAAUUGAUGAUCUUGGCGACUCUCGUUGCAUGGCUGUUCAAAGACUUUUUAAUGUGGAAAAACGUUUAGCUAAAGAUCCAUAUUUAGCCACCGAAUAUCGCAAGUUCAUGGCAGAAUAUCUAGCUCUCGGCCACAUGGAAGYAGUACCAGCGAAUGAAAUAGAAAUUAAAUCCUACUAUCUGCCUCACCAUGCAGUUAUAAAAUCAAAUAGUCUCACUACUAAGGUGCGUGUUGUUUUCGAUGGUUCAGCGCAAAGCAAGUCCGGUGUUUCCCUUAAUGAUAUAUUGUCACGCGGGCCAGCCACCCAGCCUGAACUUUUCUCAAUAUUGUUGCGCUUUCGUGUGCAUAGAUACGUCCUUACUGGAGAUAUAGAAAAAAUGUAUAGACAAGUCAAGGUAUCCGCUUCAGAUUGUAAUCUGCAACGCAUUGUGUACAGAAAUUCUCCCGAAGACCCUGUUAUUGAUUAUAGAUUGCUCACCGUAACGUAUGGAACAAAGUCCGCAUCGUUUUUAGCUACAAAAUGUCUUUCUCAACUAGCAAAUGACACCACUGUUCCGUCUGUUAGCCGUGCAAUAAGUGAGGAUUUUUAUGUCGAUGACUUAAUCACUGGAGCCUCUUCUAUAGACGAAUGCUAUUCUAUUUAUACUGAACUAUGUCGAGUAUUGAAUGCAGCAGGCAUGCCAUUGAGAAAAUGGUGUUCAAAUUCUCCAUUACUACUCAAUCAAAUUCCACAUACUGAAGAAGAUCCAUCUUACUUAUUGAGACUCAAUGAUGAAGACACCAUAAGUACUUUAGGGCUAACAUGGCAGCCUAGCAUUGAUUGUUUUAGAUUCACAUUCAAGGACUGGGAUCCUCCUGUAGUAAUGUCCAAGCGUACUUUAUUAUCGGACAUAAGCAAAAUAUUUGACCCCCUUGGGCUAUUAACGCCUGUGCUUAUAAAAGGCAAGAUAUUUUUGCAACAAUUAUGGACUCUGAAACUUGGAUGGGACUCUCCAUUAUCAACUGAUUUCGUGUUACGUUGGAAGCACUUUUAUCAUCAAUUUAAGGAGCUUGAACACAUUAGAGUGCCUAGAACUGUUCUUAAURUCGACGCUUCAAUAAUUGAGCUUCAUGGAUUUGCUGAUGCAUCGCAAGACGCUUAUGGRGCCUGCGUUUAUUUAAGAUCUUUGGCCCCAAGUGGUGACAUAUCAGUGUCACUGAUUGUAUCAAAAUCUAGGGUUGCUCCACUGAAGCCAACUACAAUUCCAAGGCUUGAACUUUCUGGGGCGCUUCUAAUGGCUGAGCUUGUUCAUAAUGUUGUACUUGAAUUAGCCAAAGUGAACGUUAUUAUAAAUUCUUCAAACAUAAUACUUUGGUCAGAUUCAACAAUCGUGCUGUCUUGGAUUAACACUUCUAAACCACUCAAG